AUGUCUUCUGCAAAAUUGGAGCUGACCCACGCGAUCCCCGCUUUGACUUUGGCCCCGGAUCGGCCCAGAAAUGCGCAAGGACCUUUCGCUUUCUUCAACUUCAUCAUAUUUGCACCAUACCAUUCACAUCCCACACAAUUGCAUGCUCAGCGGCAGCGGGGAGAAGUCGUGGUUGCGCGCCCAUUGACACCGCCCCGCCCCGCACCGCACCGCACCGCACCGCACACGCAGAGCAAGAUCCAUCCGCCCCUGUCUAGACCUCAUAUUGUGAGGAAGAUGCCAGCUCUGAUCUUUUGGGACAGCACUCGACGAGAAAUCCGCAUCGAGGCAAUCCAUCAGCGGAAUUGGGAUUCGCUUGCACGCCGAGGACCCGCAGAGUUCAUUGACCGCACGCCCUACCGGGAUCAACCCAUAAACGGCUGGGAGCAAGAUCUGGUCGUGCACAGAGAUUUGUGGCAGCAAUCUGAUAAGAAGCAGGAUGGACAUUGAACGCAGUCGACUCGUCAAUCGCAUUCAGAAUUGAUAAUAUACAGCAGCCUCCAGAAGACAGAUGAGUACGCUACUCCUUCGGCGACACUGGCGGACUGUCACAGUGAUCAGCUUGAUCGGUCUUGGCGUUCGACAAGCCGCAAGCGGUACUCAAGGUCACUAGCUACCUCCAUCAAGCGACGAAUUUCCUGCUCAUGCGCUGCAACAAUCUGCCACGCCUUCUGCGCGUCUGAAGCUUGUCUAUCCUACGGUCAGCAUAUCAAUACAUCACAUCGAGUGACACGAAAGAGACUUACUCCGGCUUUUGACGUGGCUCGCCCCGAGACGCCAUAUGCUCCGGCGUAUAGUUCUUGAACCGAACGUUCGCGCUCGCUUUCGCUAUCGUUGUCGCACGAGUAUCGCCAUCCACUCCAUCAGACCAGUAUGCGCAAGGCUUUGGAAGGUCUCCAGCGGCGUUGGAGUGGCCACUGGCAUCUGAUGCACAAAUUCCAGUAUGCUUCAUUAUGCGGGUACUGCCAUCUGCUCGACGGUACUGGGCAAAUUGGAUGUUGACAUCGUCCUCGCCAUCCCCGGAACCAUACGCUGAAUCAUCAGAAGGACACCGGCUCUGCCUCCG